CCUCCGAGGCGCCGUAGCGCGGGAGGGAGGCGGCGGCGCUGUGUUCCGUGGGUCCGCCGGUCCGUGGGUCUGCCCGGCCGCCCGGCCCCGCCCUGCCCCCCGGGGCGGCUCGGCUCCAUGGCCCGCGGCGGCGGCGGCGGCGGCGGCGGCGGGAGGCGACCCGGGGGCCGCGGUGGCCGCUGACCGGGCGGCGGGAGGCGGUGGGGCCGGGCCAUGGGGGACGGAACCGUCAGCAGCCGCCGGAGCCGGGAGCCCUGCCCAAGCCGGAGCGGCGUCCCCUGCUGAGCCCCGAGCGCCGGGCCGGCAGCCGGAUGCCCGGGCCCACUGGGCGGGCCAGCGGCCGCCUGCGGGAUGAGCAGACUGCUGGGGGGGACGCUGGAGCGCGUCUGCAAGGCUGUGCUCCUUCUCUGCCUGCUGCACUUCCUCGUGGCCGUCAUCCUCUACUUUGACGUCUACGCCCAGCACCUGGCCUUCUUCAGCCGCUUCAGUGCCCGAGGCCCUGCCCGUGCUCUCCACCCAGCUGCCAGCAGCAGCAGCAGCAGCAACUGCUCCCGGCCCAACGCCACCGCCUCUAGCUCCGGGCUCCCUGAGGUCCCCAGUGCCCGGCCCGGUCCCACGGCUCCUAUGCUGCCACCCUGUCCUGACUCGCCACCUGGUCUUGUGGGCAGACUGCUGAUCGAGUUCACCUCACCCAUGCCCCUGGAGCGGGUGCAGAGGGAGAACCCAGGCGUGCUCAUGGGUGGCCGAUACACACCGCCCGACUGCACCCCAGCCCAGACGGUGGCGGUCAUCAUCCCCUUUAGACACCGGGAACACCACCUGCGCUACUGGCUCCACUAUCUACACCCCAUCUUGAGGCGGCAGCGGCUGCGCUACGGUGUCUAUGUCAUCAACCAGCAUGGUGAGGACACCUUCAACCGGGCCAAGCUGCUCAACGUGGGCUUCCUAGAGGCGCUGAAGGAGGAUGCCACCUAUGACUGCUUCAUCUUCAGCGAUGUGGACCUGGUCCCCAUGGAUGACCGCAACCUAUACCGCUGCGGCGACCAACCCCGCCACUUUGCCAUUGCCAUGGACAAGUUUGGCUUCCGGCUGCCCUAUGCUGGCUACUUUGGAGGUGUGUCAGGCCUGAGUAAGGCUCAGUUUCUGAGAAUCAAUGGCUUCCCCAACGAGUACUGGGGCUGGGGUGGCGAGGACGAUGACAUCUUCAACCGGAUCUCCCUCACUGGGAUGAAGAUCUCUCGCCCAGACAUCCGAAUCGGCCGCUACCGCAUGAUCAAGCACGACCGUGACAAGCAUAACGAACCCAACCCUCAGAGACCUCACUUGUGCACCUGUGGGAUCCCUGCUGGGACAGAUAGGACAAGAGCCAGUGGGUGCUGGGCACAGCUCCUGUGGACCCGACAAAGGGGACCUGAGCAGGAUGGGAAGGGGGUGUGGAAACACAAUGCCCACCCCUCUGAAAUUGAAGGAGGUUUACCAAGAUUCAAAACACGAAGCUGACCAUGAAGCGGGACGGCAUUGGGUCAGUGCGGUACCAGGUCUUGGAGGUGUCUCGGCAACCACUCUUCACCAAUAUCACAGUGGACAUUGGGCGGCCCCCGUCGUGGCCCCCUCGGGGCUGACACUAAUGGACAGAGGCUCUCGGUGCCGAGGAUUGCCUGCCAGAGGACUGACCACAGCCUGGCUGGCAGCUGCUCUGUGGAGGACCUCCAGGACUGAGACUGUGGGCUUUGUUUUCCGAGGGUCUUCAAUAGGCCCCCUAGCUAUACCUGGAAGUUUCAGAACCCACUUUGGGGGCCUCCUGCCUGGGCAGGCUCUUCACAAGUGUGGCCCUCUUUGGAGUCAACCCUCCUUCCUGACCCCCUCCCCCUAGCCCAGCCCCAGUCACUGUCAGGGUCGGGCCAGCCCCUGCACUGCCUCGCGGAGUGGCCUGGGCUAGGUCACUCCACCUCUCUGUGCCUCAGUUUCCCCCCUUGAGUCCCCUAGGGCCUGGAAGGGUGGGAGGUAUGUCUAGGGGGCAGUGUCUCUUCCAGGGGGAAAUUCUCAGCUCUUGGGAACCCCCUUGCUCCCAGGGGAGGGGAAACCUUUUUCAUUCAACAUUGUAGGGGGCAAGCUUUGGUGCGCCCCCUGCUGAGGAGCUGCCCCAGGAGGGGACCAGAGGGGAUGCUGUGUCGCUGCCUGGGAUCUUGGGGUUGGCCUUUGCAUGGGAGGCAGGUGGGGCUUGGAUCAGUAAGUCUGGUGCCCGCCUCCCUGUCUGAGAGAGGAGGCAGGAGCCCCAGGGCCGGCUCGUGUUUGUACAUUGCACAGAAACUUGUGUGGGUGCUUUAGUAAAAAACGUGAAUGGAGCA